AUGCGAGGAUGCCUGCAGGUGCUCCGAUGGCUGAGCACAUCGACCGCAAGGCGCCCGGUGUCCUCCCCCGGACUGCAACUUCAUCUUUCCAAUAAGCAAUUCCGCCGCACGUUCACGAGCACUAUCGUACGACACGCCCAGGCCUCGAAGAGUGUGUCCGACCUCGAAAAGCGAAUCGCAGCUAUCCCUAUCGAGCGUUUCCGGAAUUUCUGCAUUGUCGCCCAUGUCGACCAUGGCAAAAGCACGCUGUCGGACCGGCUGCUGGAAAUCACAGGCGUGAUUCAACCUGGCUCCAACAAGCAGGUUCUGGACAAAUUGGACGUCGAAAGAGAGCGUGGUAUAACGGUUAAAGCACAGACAUGCACCAUGCUCUAUAACCACAAAGGUGAAGACUACCUCUUGCAUCUCGUGGAUACCCCUGGCCAUGUCGAUUUUCGCGCCGAGGUCUCUCGAAGCUAUGCAAGCUGCGGAGGCGCAUUGCUACUUGUCGAUGCUAGCCAAGGAGUCCAGGCGCAAACGGUGGCCAACUUUUACCUGGCCUUUGCCCAGGGACUAGAACUUAUCCCCGUGGUCAACAAGGUGGACCUGCCGUCGGCGGAUCCAGAACGCGCUCUAGAGCAGAUGAGGAGCUCGUUUGAGAUUGAUAUAGAUAAUGCCGUCAAAGUCUCUGCCAAGACCGGGUUGAAUGUUGCUGAGCUGCUUCCGACAGCCAUCGAAAGGAUUCCAGCCCCCGUCGGUGAUCACACGAAGCCUCUCCGUAUGCUUCUCGUGGACUCCUGGUAUUCGACCUACAAAGGCGUCAUUCUCCUCGUCCGAGUAUUCGACGGAGAGAUCCGUGCGGGAGAUCAAGUCGUCUCUUUCGCUACUGGGUUGAAAUACUUCGUCGGCGAGGUCGGCAUCAUGUAUCCUGACCAGACUCCUCAGACCGUUCUACGAGCGGGCCAAGUCGGAUACAUCUACUUUAACCCGGGGAUGAAACGAAGCAAAGAGGCGAAAAUUGGCGACACUUACACGAAAGUUGGCAGCGAGAAGAAAGUGGAACCUCUGCCGGGGUUCGAAGAACCCAAAGCCAUGGUGUUUGUUGCGGCCUAUCCCAGCGAUGCCGACCACUUUGAACACCUGGAAGACAGCGUGAAUCAAUUGAUGCUGAACGAUCGAAGCAUCACAGUCCAGAAGGAAUCAUCCGAAGCCCUGGGGGCCGGAUUUCGACUGGGCUUUCUCGGAACUCUGCAUUGCUCUGUCUUUGAGGACCGACUACGCCACGAGCACGGGGCCAGCAUCCUUAUCACCCCGCCAACAGUGCCGGUGAAAGUCAUCUACAAGGACGGGAAGGAAGUCACGGUGACAAACCCCGCGCAUUUCCCUGACGAAGAAGAAAUCCGCGGCAAGGUGGCCGAACUCCGCGAGCCCUAUGUCCUGGCCACGUUGACAUUUCCGGAUGAAUACCUGGGCAAGGUCAUUGAGCUCUGCGAAGCACAUCGCGGGAUUCAGCAGAGCCUUGAGUAUUUCACGUCGACGCAGGUGAUUCUCAAAUACGAGCUGCCCCUCGGACAACUGGUCGAUGACUUCUUCGGCAAGCUAAAGGGCUCUACAAAGGGCUACGCAUCCCUGGACUACGAGGAGGCCGGCUGGAAGGUGAGCAACAUUGUGAAGCUGCAGCUCCUGGUCAACAAGAAGCCCGUGGACGCGGUGUCGCGCAUUGUCCACUACAGCCAAGUGGAGCGGCUGGGGAAGCAGUGGGUGACCAAGUUCAAAGAGCACGUCGACCGGCAGAUGUUCGAGAUCAUCAUCCAGGCGGCGGUGGGGCGCAAGGUGGUGGCUCGCGAGACGAUCAAGCCGUACCGCAAGGACGUGCUGGCCAAGCUGCAUGCAAGCGACGUCAGCCGGCGGAGGAAGCUGCUCGAGAAGCAGAAGGAGGGGCGCAAGCGACUGAAUGCCAUUGGGAAUGUGGUGAUUGACCACAGCGCGUUCCAGGCGUUUCUGUCGAAGUAG